AUGGCUCCGGCGACCUGGGAUGGCCAUGACCAGCACAUGGCUUCCACUACCGAAGACGAGUUCAACCAAUUUCUCGACAUGAGCGGCAUAGGAAACAUGGGUGAUGGCAUGCAGUUCGACUUCCAUGGCUUCCAGGAUGGCUCCUCGCAAGCCAUCAUGGCCCAGCAUCAGCACCCGCAACAUCAGCACCGCCAACAACCCGACGCCAUAAUGGGCGAUGUCGAUUCUUCUCACAUGAUCCCUCGCAGUGACGGCCUGCUGCAAAACCGCACACCUGCCCUGGUGACCACCGCCGGCAUGCAAGCACAAUUACUGGCUACUUCUCCCCCGAGCGACACCAUUUCCAGCAUCGAUGCUCAGAUUCAGUACCUCCAGCAGCAGAAGUUCCACCAACAGCAGCGCCAGCUUCGAGAACAAGGUGCGACAUUUUUUGCCGGCCAGAGCCACUCGGUCCCUCCCACCCCCCGGAGCAUGGAGAUGCCCCCCGGCAGCGGUCAAUUUUAUUCUCAGGCAGAACAGGUCUCCCAGCGAACGGCUUAUGACCGAGGAUAUCAUCAGCGAAUGUCGGAGCAGCAAGAUAUGGCCUUUACACCUCUCGUGUCCCCCGCUGUGACGCCUUUGGAUCCUCAUUUCAACCUGGAAAAUGCUUUUACUGUUCCCGGGGCUUACUUUAGCCCUCUGACCUCGCCAGCUUUGCAUGCCCAAAACGAUUCAUCACCUGUUUACGACCAUAGCACGCAGUCUAACAACUCACCCGUUGAAAUGGAUCCAGAAGCGCCCGCUACUGCUCCCUCAGGCGGGUCCAGUACAGACUUGUUCAAGAAGGCCAGAAAGACCAAUGCAGUCAAGGCACGGAGUAAGGGCGUCAAGAACUCACCUAUUUCCAAGCCUCAACGCCGGAAAACAGGCCCGAGCCCGGCCAUCGUAUCACAGGUGUUGAAUGAGAUGGACGAGAGUGAGGUGGAGCCUGCGGACCAAGGCCUACUUCCCCUUCCAGCCACGUCGAGUGAAGGUUCCGAAGAAAAUGCCUCCGUCUCGCCCGAAAACCUGUCCGAGAUGCCCCCCCCUCCCGUUCCCGCCAGACGGUCGACUAGCAAAUCGCCAUAUAUUCAAGCACAAAACGGAGGCUCGCAACAGCCCACGCCUCGUUCCUUGGUGGUGGAAGAACAGAGAGACAAGCAGCAGCAACCCCAUCCCGCCACGCCAGCCUCACUAAUGAAACUUCCCGCUUCCAAGGCACAGAAGCCGCUCGCCGUGAAUUCAAAACAGGUCGGUCAGGAACAACACACAGUCACUGAAAACAUCGAAUCGCUCGAGCUACCAGAGUCAAUAUCAAACAGACCUCUCGCACCAAUUAACAUACCCCCGGCGUCACUUUCCAUCCGUAUCGAACCAAACGCCCCGAGAAGAAGCCCGCAACAGCCUUUACCAUCUCCCGUCACCCGAGCCCCGGGAACGGCAUCAGCGAGUCAAAGUCCUCAAUUUCGUCCGGCCUCGUCCGGGCAAAGUGCGCGCAAGACUUCUCAGCUGGCUUCUAGAAACCCCAGGAAACGAUCUACCGGCUCAGUUCACGCCUCGCCCGCUUUGCUACCCAGAAUAUCACCCAGUAUCAAGCCCUUGCUGCCUGGGACUCCUGGCCUAUCGUUGGAAGACACAGCCUCACGUUUGCUUAUGACCAAAUCAAACUAUCAAAAUCUUUUAGAAGGAAACACUGUGCCAGGAGUUUCCUAUCCGACGGAGUUGUCGACGAAUCUCACCUCAAAACGGACAUCUCACAAGAUCGCGGAGCAGGGGCGAAGAAACCGCAUAAACUCUGCGCUGCAAGUCAUGGCUAGCUUACUACCAGACCAUCCAAAGCUCGAAGACGACGAGGCGGAGAAAAAAGACAUCAAGUCAUCGUCGAACAACGUGCCCAACAGCAAAGCAAGCGUUGUGGAGAACGCCAUAGUGCACAUGAAGCAUCUUCAAAAGGAGAAUGGCGACUUGAGACAGGAGCUAGACGAGCUGAAGAGCCAGCUGCAAAGGCUUCAGACACCGGCACCGUGA